AGCCCUACAACAACAACAAGCGCGCGCCAAAUAUGGCCGAUUGAGGAAAGACACAAUGAAUUUCUCGCAAGUUAGCAGUCAGAAUAGCUUUGUAUCAAUGUAUUAUGCACACCAACUUGUUAAAUGACCAUUUACCAGGUGAAUACAACUGCACGGCGGAGUAUUUGGCUAGACUGAUAGCAUUGUACUUUGAAACUAAGAAGUACCAGGAAGCCCUUGUACUCACCUCGUCGUUGCUACGUGAACUGAAGAAGCUGGAUGACAAGGCCCUGCUGGUGGAGGUACAGCUACUGGAGAGCAAGGUCUACCACGCCCUGUCCAAUCUGCCCAAGGCUCGGGCUGCCCUCACCUCCGGCCGUACCACUGCCAACGGCAUCUACUGUCCUCCUAAACUACAGGCCUCUCUGGACCUGCAGUCAGGUAAACACAAUAAAGCAUCUACUGUCCUCCUAAACUACAGGCCUCUCUGGACCUGCAGUCAGGUAAACACAAUGCAGCAUCUACUGUCCUCCUAAACUACAUGCCUCUCUGGACCUGCAGUCAGGUAAACACAAUACAGCAUCUACUGUCCUCCUAAACUAAAGGCCUCUCUGGACCUGCAGUCAGGUAAACACAAUACAGCACCUACUGUUCUCCUAAACUACAGGCCUCUCUGGACCUGCAGUCAGGUAAACACAAUACAGCAUCUACUGUCCUAAACUACAAGCCUCUCUGGACCUGCAGUCAGGUAACACAAUACAGCAUCUACUGUCCUCCUAAACUACAAGCCUCUCUGGACCUGCAGUCAGGUAAACACAAUGCAGCAUCUACUGUCCUAAACUACAGGCCUCUCUGGACCUGCAGUCAGGUAAACACAAUACAGCAUCUACUGUCCUAAAAUACAGGCCUCUCUGGACCUGCAGUCAGGUAAAUACAAUACAGCAUCUACUGUCCUCCUAAACUACAGGCCUCUCUGGACCUGCAGUCAGGUAAACACAAUACAGCAUCUACUGUCCUCCUAAACUACAGGCCUCUCUGGAUCUGCAGUCAGGUAUACAGGGCUUUAAAGGGCUUGUUGACUGAGAUUCUAUGAGCCUCGCUUUGGGAAAAUGGGGUUAUAUGCUUGUACCUUAGGCGUUGUCUCUGAUAAGCCUGUGCAGUUCCACUACUGUACACAGGCUAAUUAGAGACACUGUCCUCUUAAACUGAUUUUUUUUUAAGGAAAAUAUUUCCUUUAAAUGAAAAGUUCCAUGAAAGUGGGAAGUAUUCCUGAUUAGCCUUGGUGAACUGCACAGGCUAAUCUGGGACGACACUUGGCACACACAAUAAGCCCCAUUUUUAGCGAGGCUGUUUUCCAAGAAAACCCGAGCUAUUGUCAUAGCCAGCUCGUCGUCCACCGUAGGCGUCGUGCUCAAACCUUAACAUUGGCCAUAACUUUUUAAAUAUUGAAGAUAGCACCUUGAUAUUUGGCAUGCAUGUGUAUCUCAUGGAGCUGCACAUUUUGAGUGUAAAAUUUCAAGGUGAACAUCAUCCUCAAGGUCUAGGGUCGAAAAAACAAAGUCAAGGGAAGUAAUAAGCUUUAAAUGGACAUAGUUAUCUGACCUGCCCAUGUAUAUAUUUUUGUUAAAUAAAUCAAAGCGGGGCAGUAGGCGGCAUUGUGUUUCUGACAAACACAUUGUGGUAAAAGGUCAAGGUCAUCCUUUACGGUCUACGGUAAAAAAUACAAAUUUAAGGGAAGUAAUAAGCGUUAAAAAGGGAGAUAAUUAUUCAAUAUUGAACAUAGCCACUUUAUAUAUUUGGCAUGCAUGUGUAUCUCAUGGAGCUGCACAUUUCCAGUGAUCAAUCACAGUCACGGAAGUGGCUUUUAAUUAUUUGCUACUAAAAAUAGUGAUUUGUUAGAGACAAUUA